AUGCUUCUGUGGUGGUGUGUCGGUUUUCUACUCGUGUCGGCUAAAAAGGACGAGUGGUUAGAAGUGCAGACUGCACAGGGCCCUAUCUGGGGUCGAAAGAAUACCAUUGACAAAAUAUACGCCUUCUACAAUGUUCCCUACGCUACGGCUCCUACGGGAGAAGACAAAUUCAAGGCGCCACUACCACCACCAACCUGGACACAACCCUACAAAGCCGUCGACACAUUUACUAUAACAUGUCCACAAAAUGAAGCCGUCAUGGGUGUUCUCCUAGAUAUGUAUGUGAUGCAAGAAAACUGUCUAGUAGCCAACAUAUUUGUGCCGGACACAAAUAAUACAAACCUUUCAGUUUUCGUCUAUAUUCAUGGAGGAGCCUUCGUAUUUGGUUAUGGCAACGUAAACAAGGCAACAGAGUUGAUGAGAACAAAUGACUUCAUCUUUGUAACGUUCAACUACCGACUCGGUAUCCAUGGAUUCCUAUGUCUCGGCACUGAGGACGCACCAGGCAAUGCUGGUAUGAAGGACCAGGUGGCGCUGCUGCGCUGGGUUCAAGAAAAUAUCGCCAGUUUCGGCGGUAACCCUGAUGACGUCACUAUUGGCGGUAGUAGUGCAGGUGGUAUAUCGGUAGACUUAUUAAUGCUUUCCAAAGCAGCUGCUGGAUUGUUUCAUCGAGCCAUACCGGAAAGUGGCGGAUGCCUCUCCCCUAUGGCAAUCCAAAGCGAUCCCUUGGAAACCGCUAAAGCUCAUGCAAUAAAAUUAAACUUUACCGAUGUAGAUAAUAUUUAUGCUUUAGGACAUUUCUACAAGACAGCGCCAAUGAAACUGUUGACCUCUGACUUAUUUUUUGAUAGAACUGAUGGCACAUUUGUGUUUUCACCUUGUGUGGAACGAGAUACUGGGUACGGAUCAUUCCUGACAGAAGCUCCUCUGAAUUUGCUCAAGAAAGGCAGUUUCGAAAAGUUACCCAUGCUAUAUGGCUAUACUAGCAUGGAAGGGCUAUUACGUAUUGAUUACUACGAUCUUUGGAUGCAGAAGAUGAAUAUAAGAUUUGAAGAUUUCCUACCUGCUAAUAUAAACAUUAAGUCUGAGACAGGAAGGAAUCGCAUUGCAGCGAUAGUGAAAGAUUUUUAUUUCAACAAGCCAUUGGAUUCUGAUGACAAAAUGAGCAUUUUAGGUUACGUCAACUUCUUCACAGAUGUUCUAUUUGCUUAUCCCAUACUUUGGGCUGUCAAGUUGCAAGUAGAGGCUGGUAACAAUCAGGUGUACCUGUACCAAUAUUCAUUUUUAGAAAAGCAGAGGCAAAUGCUACCUAACAAUAAAAUAGGAGUUUCUGGCCACGCCGCUCAAUCGGCUGCUUGGUUGGAUGUGAAGGAUACCGACCCAUCGGGUAUAACCUCUGAGUACCAAAACAUGUCAAUGAUAAUGCGUAAAAUUUGGCACAAUUUCAUCACAACUGGCAUGCCUGUGCCGCGGAACUCAUGGCUGCCGGUGUGGCCGCCGGCGGGCGCAGACAGGGCGCCGCACAUGUCUCUGGGCGAGAAGCUAGAGCUGCGCGGCGUGCUCGGCAGUCAGGUCACGAGGUUCUGGGACAGUGUCUACUUGAGACUCUACCGAGACCCUAAACCACCUCCAGAUCCAAGCGAUACUCAGCCUAAAAUUAGAAUAGAAAUCUAAAAAGUUGUAUAUCAAAAUUGUUAAACGCCUAACUAUGAUACACUACGACUACUACGAGUAACUUUACUGAAUAAUCAUGUAAUAAUAUUUUCGAAUAA